AUGAACGCCCUCAAGGGGUUCAUCAAACCCGCGAAGAAGGCUUCAAAAUCAGAUAAAAAUGGAAAGAAGUCCAACGCCGCUCCUAUGGAGCUAGAUACCACGCCUCCAAUGACAUCCAAUUCUACGCCCUUACCGAGCAACUUGGGCUCUCCAGCAGCAUCGAUAUUUCCCCAUGGUGAUUUUCGAAACGCCCCAGCCAAUAGUAUCUUGGAUAUUAAGAGCGAUGUCAUGGUCAACUGGCUUCAACAACAGCAGAUGGAGAAGAUGUGGUCGAGAGGAAUGCCUGGUGAAGGUGUUGUGUUGAAGAAAGCGCGCAGCGAUUUUACAUUUGCUCCCAAUACCUUGAAAAUGCAGUCAAAUUUCGUUGACAUGGUAGAGGCUUUGAACGUUCGAGCUGCUAUGACCGUCACAACCCGAAUUAUCAAGAUCUUCCUCUCCCAUCACACAGCCGACUACGUACCGCUAUCCAACGGUUUGCGCCUACAGGUCUUACCUUCAAUGGACCACCUCCCACGAUGCCAGAAACAUCACUUCGCAGCUUUCAUCGCAGACCAGCAGAUAAUGGUCGUCUGGGAUGAUGAACCAAAAAACCUACUCAACCGAGCCUCGGGUAUUGAGGCAUCUCUUAUGAAGAUGAUCUGGGGUGGAGGAGAAGAUGAGAUGUUAGACGAGAAAGCCAAAGCAAGCGUCAACGUAUCAACCGUCGAUCUAGGAGAAGACGGCAUGCCACCAGGCGAUUUGGAGGAGGCUCUCAUUCCAGAGAACCGACCUACGAAUCUUCUCAAUCCAAUUCUAGUUGGCCUAACCCUAACGUUGCUUAUUGCUGCGUUAGGGAUGGGAUGGAGAGCAUUAGCUCAAGAAGUCGCUAUUGACGGAUCAUACACUCGGUUAGCACUGAUCGUUGUAACACCCUGCCAGAUCUUCGUCUCGUUGUUCUUCAUGCAGAUCGUCAUUGUCAAUAUUGCGCAAAUCAUCGGUCCAAUCAGUCAGCUGAACACGAAUUCAAAAUUCUAUUCGGGAAUCGCACCUCCUCGGUACCGCAGCAUUGGUCCUCUUCCGCACGUUACCAUCCAAAUGCCCGUCUACAAAGAAGGUCUCCAAGGUGUCAUUCAGCCAACAGUCAUCUCACUCAAAGCUGCCAUCUCCACUUAUGAAAUGCAGGGCGGCUCUGCCAAUAUCUUCAUCAAUGACGAUGGUAUGCAACUCAUUCCCGAAGAAGAAGCACAAGGCCGCCGCGACUUUUACGAGGAGCACAACAUCGGUUGGGUCGCACGUCCUGGACACAACCCGAAACCCGAAGGUGACGAAAAGGCCUUCCUGCGACGUGGAAAGUUCAAGAAAGCGUCCAACAUGAACUACGCCUUGAUGGUUAGCAACAAAGUAGAGGACAAACUCACGAUGAUCCAACGCUCUGCCAACUGGACUCAAGAGGACGAGUACAGUGCCUACGAUCAAUGCCUUGCCGAAGUCUUGACCGAAGAGGAGGGCCGUGCUUGGGCUGAGGGCAAUAUCCGUGUGGGAGACUAUAUCUUACUAAUCGAUUCCGAUACCCGUGUUCCAGUUGACUGUUUGCUUGACGCGGCUAAUGAGAUGGAGCAGUCACCCGAAGUGGGUAUCUUGCAGUAUUCUUCUGGUGUCAUGCAGGUUACCGACAGCUUCUUCGAAAAUGGUGUAACAUUCUUCACCAACUUGAUCUAUACAGCUAUUCGUUACACAGUCGCAAACGGAGACGUAUCUCCUUUUGUUGGUCAUAAUGCUAUUCUCCGAUGGUCCGCUCUCCAGUCCGUAUCGUUCGAAGACGAGGAUGGAUACGAAAAGUUCUGGUCCGAGUCUCACGUCUCAGAGGAUUUCGAUAUGUCCCUUCGCCUCCAGGUUUCCGGCUACACUAUUAGACUUGGUUCUUACACCGGCGAUGGAUUCAAAGAAGGUGUCUCCUUGACUGUUUACGACGAGUUGAACAGAUGGGAGAAAUAUGCCUACGGUUGCAACGAGCUACUGUUCCAUCCUUUCCGUCUCUGGGUCACUCGUGGUCCAGUUACUCCACUGUGUCGCAGAUUCUUGUCUUCCAACAUUCGCUUCACGUCCAAAAUCACGAUAAUGGCUUAUAUCGGUACCUACUACGCUAUCGGAGCUGCUUGGAUUUUGACUGUUGCAAAUUACUUCCUCAUGGGUUGGUUUGCCGGAUACCUUGACAAAUACUACCUCGACUCGUUCAAGGUUUAUUUCUCCUUGAUUAUUGUCUUCAGUGCCCUCGGAAACAUUGCUCUCGCCGUUCUCCGGUAUCGUCUGUCCGAGCGUUCGCUCUUCGGUGCUCUCAUCGAGAACUUCAAGUGGCUUCUCCUUCUCACCGUCUUCCUGGGUGGAAUCUCUCUCCACGUCUCCCAGUCGCUUCUGUGCCAUUUCUUCGAAAUCAACAUGACAUGGGGCGCCACCGCCAAGGAAGUUGAGAACAUUUCUUUCUUCGAAGAAGUUCCACGACUCCUCAAGCGCUUCAAGUUCACCUUUGUCUUCUGCUUCAGCAUGACCGCCAUGAUGAUCGUCUGCGCCAUCGCCGUUCCAUGGGAAUGGCAAAUCAAGGAUUUCGUCGCCAUCUAUCCUCUCUGCACCAUCGUCGUUAGCCAUUUCUUCCUCCCCGUCGCGCUCAACCCAGCGUUGAUGAUGUUCACCUGGUAG